UGGUGGCCCACCAACUCCAGACCCGAAAAAAAUCCAGCCCAUCACCUAAUCUCAGAUUAAAAACGAUCAAAAGCAAACCUCCAACAACUCUGUCGAAUCACUCCUUCGAAUUUCAAAGUUGAAGCUAAGCUUAGAUGGCAAGGAUAAAGCCUCAGGCACUGUUAAUUCAAAGCAAAAAGAAGAAAGGGCCAACUCGGAUCAAUGUUACUACAAUUCUCUUCUGCAAUUUAAUUGUUCUAUUGAUUUUAUUGUCUUUAAUUGCUACUUACAGGCAUUGGUUUCAAAGCAGGUCAAGGGAACAAACAGGAAUUGGGUUGUCAAAAUUUGAGCAUGUUGAUGAAAUUGUGGAUUCAAAGAAGUAUGAUCUUCCUGGAUAUGCUGUUCUAAAUACAUCAAAAGGGUAUAUAACUAUAGAACUCUUCAAAGAUGGUUCUCCUGAGACUGUAGACAAAUUUCUUGACUUGUGUCAAAAGGGGCAUUUCAAGGGGAUGCCUUUCCACCAUGUGAUAAAAAACUAUGUCAUUCUGGGAGGACAUUCACAAGGUCUUGGAGGCAUUGAAGACUGGACAUCAAAAGGGAAGCUUCGCGGUAGACUGACCACAAGGUCAUCUGGAAUUCCAAAACAUGAAGCUUUUAUGCUUGGAACUACAAAAGUUAAAGAAGAUAGCAAGGCAUUUCAGCUAUUUAUCACAACUGCGCCAAUACCAGAUUUAAAUGAUAAACUAUUUGUAUUUGGACGUGUCAUCAAGGGUGAAGAUGUGGUUCAGGAAAUUGAAGAGGUUGAUACCGACGAACAUUAUCAGCCCAAAUCUCCCGUGUUGAUCAUCGAUGUGAUGCUGCAACAGGAAAUUUGAAGUUUUUCUUUUCAUUACUGUAAAG